GUUCUGUGACGUUCAGGAACAUCCGCCGCCAGAUCAGGUUGUGUCUUAGGAGGAGUAAGAACGGAAACCCAUUAAUUUAACCAUAAUGUCAGCUGGGAAAAUUGUCGUGUAUGGUGGGCGUGGUGCCCUGGGUGCUGCCGUUGUCAAGCAUUUUAAGGCGAAGGAUUUUUGGGUGGGGACCAUUGACUUGGUAGCCAACGAUGAGGCAGAUGUCAACAUCAUUGUAUCAAGAGAAGCAAACUGGUCUGCACAGGCAGAUAAAGUCAUUUCUGGCCUGGAGGCUGCGCUUGGUUCAGAAAAGGUAGAUGCUUUCAUCAAUGUCGCAGGUGGUUGGGCUGGUGGCAAUGCUGGAAGCAAGGAAUUUCUUAAGAACUGUGAGUUAAUGUGGUCCCAGAGUGUGUGGUCAUCUACCAUCACUGCACAGGCUGCCUCACGUUUCCUUAAGGAAGGAGGAUUGGUGACCCUCCCUGGUGCACAGCCUGCAAUUAAUGGAACUCCAGGCAUGAUUGGAUAUGGUCUAGCCAAGGCAGCUGUCCACCAGUUAACAAAAAGUCUUGGGGAGGACAAGUCUGGGUUACCAAAGGGGACAACAGCUGUUGCUAUACUUCCCGUUACUCUUGACACACCUAUGAACAGAAAAUGGAUGUCCAGUGCAGACUUCUCCACUUGGACCACCCUAGAGUUUGUUGCUGAACUUUUCCACAAGUGGACAACUGGAAGUGAUAGACCCUCUUCUGGCAGCCUCGUGCAGCUCAUCACGAAGGAUGACAAGACAGAAUUGGUCAUGGCUUAAGACUUCCUACACAUCAGGAUGUGUAAUUGGACACAAGAUUCAUGUACUUGUACUAUAUUAUUUACAUUGUUUUGCACUUGACAUAUUAUGAUAAUACAUGUUGAUAUUUGUUGGAUCUGUUUUUAUUUUUCUUCAUCAUAGUUUACUUUACCAUUAGAUCCAUUAAAGUCCAUUAUUUUAUUGUAAUAUGUUGUUGUACAGUACUUUCAAGAGCAUACAUUAUAAUCAUGGGGAUCGGAGAUGAUCAACUGUUGUAUAAUUUUAUAGUGUGCCUGCAAUUAUUAUUGUCAGCGUUAACAAAUGUUGAUUUUUUUGUGUCGUCAUAUUUUGAUAACCCCAUACUGAAUUCACUCUAUAUUUGAAAUGUAACAUGUACAGGGGGUGAGAUACAUCGUCUUCAGUCAGUUGUUUUAUUGUGUACUGUAUACUGUAUUUGCUUUGCUGUUUUAUGAUUGAAGAUGUAUUUGAAUUGCAUUUAAUCAGGCUGGUGCAAUGUGUUGCUUGCUGACUAACAGUAUCCACUCAACAGAUAUAAUUGUUGUUGGUAUUUAUAUAUUCUUAGGUAUUUUCAGUUGCACAAAGGAAAAAAAAUGUACCUGUACAUCUUGAAUGUUGCUGUGUAAGUUUUCUCAUUGUAUCUAUCUGUCUGUCACCAGUUUAAUAUUUGUGUGAGUGCCACACAUGCAGGUUGAAAUAUGUAGACUGUUGCAGUAUUCAUAUCUAACCUGUAAGUGCGACUGGUCAUGAUGCCCCAACCUAACCUAUAUAGUUAGAUUAGAUUGGGACGGAGUCAACCUGCAACCCAUUAAGUAAGUGCCUAGCUUCAGAGUAACCGAUGAUCAAAAAUUUAUUUUUAUAAAUGUAAAAAAAUAGCAGAUGCUUCACCUUUGUAUCUCCUUAGAAAAUGAUAGGAAAGAUUAAGGUGCUCAAGUGCUUCCUUGUUAAAUGACUAGUAUUAAGACUGCUGUAAACAGUUUCAUUCUGCAAUGAAGAAAAUAAUUAAGAAAGUGUUGAAGACAAUAAGAAUUAAGUGUGUUUCCUUGUAAAAAUGUAUAAUUAAGAUUAUAAAAUUUUCAAUGCUCAAAAAUAUUAAACCACAUUUUACUGCCAGAAUGGAGAAGACUUCCCUAUAGCUUCCAUUAAAAUGUUAGUUUGGCUGAAAUCCAGUAUUGAUCUCUACAGAUUUAUUCUAUAGCUGGAAAGUUAAUAUGUACUUGUACUGUAAUAUAUUUUGUAUGCUUCCUUGUACAUGUGCAGUACGUAUGAAUGCUGGAAUAUUUGCUAACGUAGAGCUAGAUUGUUUUUGCAUCAAAGAACACAUGUAGUUUCAAAUUUACAAAGUGUGUGUUCACAAAAAUUGUUAUACAGGUAUAGAGAGUAAAUUGUAAAAAUUUAGGUGUGUUAACUUUGUGCUUCCCUUGAUGCACCCUAUUUUUUUUCACAUUUUUACUCUCGUGUACCAUUAUUGUGAAUGAUUUGACCGAUUAUUUACCUUGUUCAGGUAAAGAUGUUACUGUCAAAGUGGUUGUGGUGAAGAUUUAAUAUUUGUUUGAAAGGCGAGAAUUCCAGCAAUGAAAAGAUACUGCACUUAGUACCUAGAUAAUUUACAGGUGUAAGAAGAUUGAUAAGCCUUAUUUUUUUUAAGGAAAAAAAAAAAUUAGGGUUGGCUGUGGUCACAAGCUUAUACAUUCCCAAUGUCAUAACUGUCAAAAUAUAGAGCCUAAAAGAAG